AACGUUAAUCGAGUGAACGUUCUCGGUUGGUUUAGACUGGUGUCCAUCACCUGUAGUACCGACCAACCAGCGUUGAGGGAACAGGUCAUGCAGCCGCCAAUCAGGGCGUAGGAGAGGCGGACUCAACACGACUCGCUUUGUGCAGCCAUGGAUUUCCCGGACCACAGUCGCCGUAUACUUCACAGCCUUAGAGACCAGCAAUCGCAGGGUUUCCUUUGUGACUGCCAAAUAUCUGUGGGCACUGCACGCUUCCUGGCACAUCGCUCUAUUCUUGCUGCAUGCAGCCCCUUUUUCCAUAUGUCAUGUCGAGAGAGACCAGACACACGAGAGCUUACACUGAACAGCCAGAUUGUCACAGCUCCGGCCUUCUCCUUGCUCCUCAGCUUUAUGUACUGUGGUAGACUCAGUUUUCAAGAGGCGCCCACUGAAGAUGUUCUUGCAGCAGCUAGCUACUUGCACAUGGAUGAGGUUGUGAGGGUGUGCAAAAAAAGGCUGCAGGGUCGAGCUCCCGCUGAGGCAGAUAGUACUCGCCGAGAAGAAGAAGGUGGAUCUGGCUGCCUGGGGGUAGACAAUGAUGGCAGAGAUGUAAGUCAUGAGGUUCAAGAUGGCAGGCAGAAUUCUGCAAAAAAUAUGCAAUAUGAAGGACAGCAAUUAUCAGGGGAUGGGCAGAGAAUUCCUGGGAGUGUAACAUAUCACUUGCAGGAAGUAGCAGGAAGCAGCAGGUAUCAGAGACAGGAGACAGCAGGAAAUGGACAAAAAUUACCAGGAAGUAUAAAGUAUCAGGGACCCGAAGCAUCAGGGAUUCUGCAGAGAGUAAUAGGGGUUUCUAGGUUUGAAGUUCAGAACAUGAGUGAAAGCCGCCAAGGCCUAGCAGGCAACUCUAGAUUUGAAUUGCAGGAAGGGACAGUGAGUAUUGAACCUGUUACUGGCAGUGUGAAAUGUCAGGGCCAACAGCUGUCAGUUAGUAAUCAGGAGGCUGCUGGAAGCUCUAGAUAUGAGGUGCAGGAGAGGACAGGGAGUGAACAAAUUGCAGACGCUAUAAGAUGUCCCCAACAGGAGGCUGUAGAAAGUACACUUACAUCACCAGCCCAGAGAUUCUCUUCACAGAGCCAAGAUACAAGUUCUAAUGGACAGGCAGUGCUUUCAAGAAACUCACCAAAGAGGCAGGAGCCUGCAGGUAGCACACAAAGUACUCAUAGUGGCCCCAGAUAUUCCCACCAAGGGCAGGAUAACACUGGCACUAGCAGUCAAACCUUACCCACUACUAGGUAUUCUUUGCAACAACAGGAAGAGGCUGGAACUACCUUAUCUGUGAUAGGAAGCUCCCGAUUCUCUUUGCAGGAGCCCACUGGAAGUGCUGUGGCAGUGCAGGGCACUCAAAGAUAUUCCCUACAGAGUCCUGAAAUAGCAGUGAACACUGUAGCACAGCCUGGCACUUCCAGAUACUCCCUACAAGAGCCAACAGGCAGUAUUCAAGGAGUUCAAGCACGGAGCAGAUACAGUUUGCAAGUUCAGGAGCCAACAGGCAGCACAGCUGUUCCUGGUCCAUCAAGAUGCUUUCUUCAGAGUUCAGAAAUGGUAAACAAUGCUUUGGCACUCCCAGGUACAUCAAGGUAUACUUUGCAUAGCCCAGAGUCCCCUGUUGGUAAAAGAGAAGAAAGGGAAUGCACUAAAUCUGAAUUGACAGUGACCACUACCACUCAGCCUGGAAUGGAGACAGCAGCUGCUUCUAGUCCAUGUAGUUCUACUGUGAGUGAGGGUCAACCAGCUCCAGGUGUAUCGGUGAAGAUAGAAGCCAUUGUAAUAUCUGAUGAGGAAUGUGAGCGAGCAGUAGGGGCAUUUAAACGACAUGGGUAUGAAGAGGAGGAAGAAGGAGAGGAGGAAUCUGGAUACUUGCCUUAUCAUAUGAUUGCAGUGCCGGGUGGCCACCACCCAAACUAUGGAGGUCUUCUGCCUACUUCCAUGCACCCAGAAGCCAUGUACUUACAGGAUUUUGAAGGACACCCUGGCUUUCCUCUUUUCCCUGAAGAUGUGCCCACUUGUAAGACAUGCGGCAAAACAUUUUCUUGUUCCUAUACACUUCGCCGGCAUGCCACAGUGCACACACGGGAGCGACCUUAUGAAUGUCGUUACUGUUUGCGCAGCUACACACAAAGUGGGGACUUAUACAGGCACAUCCGCAAAGCGCACAGUCAAUUGGAACCAGGCACCAAGAAACCGAAGGGGGACAUGGAGCCCACACCCCCAAAUUUGCCUUAAAACUUAAGUGGUUGAUAUUUUUUAGGUGCAGAGUGGCUAGUAAAGCUGUCAGUGACAAUGGUCUGCGACAGAAUGUCCAGGGAGUUUCCGGAAUGGAUCUGAUGAGAGUGCAGUCCUCUCUUGAGUUACAUGGAUUUCUUCUCAGUUGUGUUAAUUUAUUCAACCUUAAUGUGUGUGUGUAUGUGUGUGUAUUUUUAAAAAAAUUUAGAAUAAGUUCAGCUCUUCAGUGCUUGUU